GAGGGAGAAGGGUUCAUCGCACAAGCGCUCAGCUCAGCGCAGCGCAGCAUGUCGUCUUGGCGCUUGCAUGGACCUCUACGACCCAAACACAGGAGGCUGAGAGGUUACCAAUGAUUUUAUCGACCGGCAGCUAGAAGCCUUUUGUUGUCACAUCAACGAAGCAGAGGAAAAUGUCUCGCUGGAUUUGGAGCCCGCUGCUGCUGCUGCUGCUGCUGUGUGAAGUUCAUGCACAAGUGGAAAACCGGGUGAUUUUCCUGCCGGGAACGUUCCAGAACGUGAGCGUCUCCCAGAAUGAGACGGUGCAGGCCGUGGUGUCCAGGAUCCCCGCGGAGGUGGCUUUCAUCACUCUGCAGUUCCACACACAGCACCGCAACGCCACGCUCUCCUACACCAGGAUGCCAGGUCUGGGUGUCUCUCUGACGGCAGUGGACUCUGGGCUCCUGUCGGCUCUCCAGCCAGGCCAAGUGUCCCUCUCCUUGUUCCUGUCUUCUCCUGAUGGUGACACUGUGGCGGGCACCGGGGUCAUCCUCCCAUACUCCAGCACGGAUCCGGUCCCCGGAGCCUGCAACACGGAGUUCAACCUGGACAUCGACCCAAACGUCUACAUCCACUACAACCUCUACGAGACCACGAUCCAGUUUGCACCGGCAAACUUAGGAUACGAGAGGGGACAAGCUCCUCCGGCCUGCGACGAAUCCACGGGGUCCAGCACGCGCUGGCGGCUGCAGUAUGACGUCUACCAGUACUUCCUGCCUGAGAACGACCUGUCAGAGCGCAGCCUGUUCACCGGCGUCCAGGCUGUGGCCGACGUUCAGGGCAUGACAGCCAACGGCAGACGGGUCAUGACGCUGCUGUCAUCGGAUAGGAGCGCGGCGGUGUUCAACUCCAUCCCCGGUCAGGGCGUCGUCUACUCCGUCAUCGUCAGAGACCCCCUGCUGAACACCUCGGCCUCCUACAUCCCUGCCCACACCUACGCCUGCAGCUUCGAAUCCACCCUGGACGGCUGUCAAACGCUGGGAAAGACUUCCACAAAGAUUUUCUUCACGGUUGCUGGCUUGGCAGGUCUGUUUGUCUGCUUCGUUGGCCAUCGAUUCUUCAAGUGUGAGUUGUUUUGCAUGGGCUUUAGCUUUGCGGCGUUCUUCUUCUUCGUGCUGAUCACCAGGACCACAGAGCUGGACUACGACAUCUGUCUGGCCGUGUCGGCAGUGAUCGGCGUGGUGGGCGGGGUCCUCCUGGUGAUGAGCUGGUGGCGUUUCGGGUCGGUCAUGGCCUGCGUCGUCGUGAUCGGCCUGAUGCUCGGCUUCCUGGCCGCCUCCACUGUCCUCUUCACGCCUCUAGGUGACCUCGAUGUGUUCAGGCACUCAGAUGUGGUUUUCUGGGUGACGUUCUGCUGCAUCAUGAUCAUCGUUCCGCUCUUCUUCGUGCGUUGGCCCAGAGAGGGAAACAUCAUCACCUGCGGCGUCGUCGGCGCUUACGCUGUAGUCCUGGCCGUCAACGCCUACAUUUACACCAGCCUCUCCUACAUCACGCUGAACAUCCUCAAACGCUUCCUCAACAACAACUUCAGUGCAGCGUUCACUGACGUGCCCUUCCAAGUCAUCGACUACGUCAUGAUCACCGUGUGGGUGGUGCUCGGCGUCUGCGGGAUCGUGCUGCAGCUGUACCGCGAGCGCUCCCGCCCGUUCUUCCCGCCCAGCCCGUACCUCAUGUGGCAGCAGGAACGCGAGCGCCGCAAGACCAACGUCCUGGACCCGAGGCACCACUUCCCCCCGCUGCCCAACCGCCUCCUGGCCAGAGUGCGGCAGCUCACCAGGAGGACGGAGCCGGCCGGGGAACACACGCCUCUGCUCCUGUGAGCCUCGGCCGCCCUCGCCGUCUCUGCGUAAAGGCGGGUCAAUUCGCGCACAGUGAGCGGGGUCCGAAGCGGAGAGGAUGCUUUUUCAACCAGCAGAGGCUCAGACCGCCACGUUACGAGGAUUAACUGGUCUCAGAAGUGCAGCGUAAAUGACCCCAAGAAGGACUCUACCACUGACACUCUUCAUGUGACUUUGAGGUUUUUGUACCUGACUUUUCAUCCCUCCCCUGAACGCCACAUUUUUUUUAACUCUUAAAUGACAUUUUAACAAUCACUGGAACUAAAGAAGAACUUUUACUCUUUGAAUGUCUUUUCUCAUGACUGAAACGUUGUAGCUUCAUGGUGUCUGUUACCUUCACUCACUUUACUGUUUGCACUUAAGUCAUGUUCUACGUAGACUUUCCACAGCGAGGCUUUUAUCUGUGGAGAGCAGGAUUAUUACCACGAGAUGUUUGAGCGCUGCAUUUUGUCUGCUCAGAACUUGUUUUCGUCAUUUGGUUUCAAACCACAGACUCAGGCCAGACUUUUAAUAGAAAUACCGUGUAUCUCAAAGGUCAUUUUAAACGUAAGAAUACUCUGGGUCCUCUCAAAUGUAACGUAAGGUUUAUGUCAUGAUUUUUUGUUUUAGACUAAUGAUGGCAUCACGCAGUAAACAAACACAACGUUGCACAGUUUGCACGUCUCUGCAGAACAAACGUUUGAACUUCUCGGACUACACCUGGCACACUUGUCAGUUUUUUUGUAAUUUGCACACUGGAUUUUAAUAUAUUGAAUUGUUCUGGCUGUAACGGUGCUGAUCGAUGAUGUUUUAAAUCUGUGGAUCUGUCUGAAGCCACGUGCCAUGACUGUUCUCAAUGCACUGAGACAACUGAUGAAACCGUCGACUUCUGUCUGUAAGCCUGGAAAUGUCUGUCAGUAUUUUAUUUGGCUGCUGAGCUCAGCUCAGGUCUCAUUACUUAAAAAUGAAAUCCAAAACAAUAUGCAGACAUGAGGAAUGAAGUCAUUUGCAGUUCAACAUGUUUUGAUAUUGAAUAAAUGCC